CGCGCUAAGUCUGUCCGUACCCCAGUCGGAGGAGCCCCACCAUCUGCCCGCGCUGCUGUCAAGAAGCCGACCACAACAACAACAUCCACUCUGAACACAUCCAAGUCUGCCAUGGCCGACGCAAAGGCAGAGGCCGCUGCUGUCAUUGACGAUCUGCGCGAACGCCUGCAAAAGGCUGAAGUUGCGGCCGAAGAGGCACAGAAGCAGCAUGCCAUCGCCCAAGCUCGUCUCGACGAGUCAAGCAAAGAGCACAACAAUAUAGAAGAGUCGAUGCAUGAGCAAGAGGAGCGCUUGGAGCAGCUGGAAAUCGAGAAGAAGGAAAGCAUCCGCCAACGCAGAGAGUUUGAAGCAAUCUAUGAAGCAGAGCGUGCUCAAUCCAUGAAGGAGAAGGAAGAGUUGCAAGUCCGCGAAGAGGAGCUCCGCGACACAAUUCAGAGAUUGAAGGAGACGAUGGCUCAGAAAGAAAUGCGCGGUGAAGACGAGAGGCGGCAGAGCAUCUCCAGAGCGUCAAGCUUCAGAAGCAAUGCCUCACCGAACCAAGAAGCCGGCCAAUUCGCUCCUCCAUCUUCCCUCCAGCGCAGCGACUCCUCGCGCAGUUCGUCCCGUCUGGUGCUGCAAAAAGACAAGAUCAUCGAAUCACUACGUCUCGAAUUGGCCGAAUCGCAAAUCAAGCUGGUCGAGAUGGAAAACAUGGGCGGUGGCCGCAUGCAAGAGUUGGAAAAGACACUGAUGGAGACGAGAAUGGCAAAUGCCAGAUUGAUGGAGGACAACGAGAGCUUCCAGCUGCUGCUGAGCGAAAAGACGCUGAAUGGCGAUUUCUCUCACAGCGGCUUGUUGCGUCCUCCUUCAAUCAUGAGCGCUGGUUCUCGUCCCUCUUCGCCCUCGGCUAUGGUUGGAGCAUCGAGUCUGGCCGAUGAACUCGACAAUGCCAGCGACGAUGGCAUGGCAGACAACAGACGUCUGCAAGCCGAGGUGGCGUCCAUGAGAGCAGAGAACAAGGCAUUAACACUGUACAUCAACAACAUCAUUUCCCGCCUAUUGCAGCACAAGGAGUUUGAGAACAUCCUCGAUAAGACUCCCAACCUCAUGUCAGGAGCCGACCUACCAAAAGACAAAGACCUGCCACCACCUCCCCCAGCAGAAAAAGACGAGCAACCCUCUCUCCUCAAACGAGCCACCUCAGUCGUCCGCGGCGGCCGCCCAAAGCCCAUCGAAACACACUCAGAGCCCCAACCCAGCUUGACCGAAGACCCAAACACCGCACCACGCAUCCCCCUCACCCGCACUCAAUCCAACCGCAUGUCCAUGGGCAACGCCCCGGCCUCCCACAACCGCACAAACUCUGAAUUCGGGAACCCAGCAGCUUUGGUCAACAACAUGUACCGCGGUCCUGCCAGCCCGGGCCCCACAAGCCCCAGCAUGGUGCCUCCACGAGGAAGCUCCCUCUUCAGCCCCUCCCUCCCCAUCGCUCCCGCCGCUGCAGCCCGCGUCCCUUCCUCGGGCUCCGUACCGCAAUCAGGGCUGCCGGACAACAUGAGCACAGUCAGUCCUCCCCGCAGCACAGCCUCCAACAACGAGAAACCCACUGGGGCCAUUAUGCGGGGAGCAGGCAUGCGGCCCCUGCGUUUGGUGCAGGAAGCCAAAGAGGAAGAAGAGGCAGCCAAGAGAGCAAAGAGGUCGAGUUGGAUGGGCUGGUUC